ACCGUCUCUUCCCCCCCCUCCCUUCCCUUCCCUUCCCUCCCCUUUCUCUCUCCUUCCCGAUCUCUCUCUCUCUCUCUCUCCUCGAGCUCUCGCCGCACGCUCCCAAAAGCGGCGCCGCGCCGAGCUCGAGCUCGAGCUCGCGGCGGGCGACGAGCUCCGGCGAGCGCGCGCGCGCACGCUGACCAGCGGGGGUUUCCCCGUCCGAGCUCGCGCGGGCGUCGUCUCGUCGGGCCCCCUUUUCACCUUUCUAUCGGUCAUUGAGGGGUGUUCUCUCUCCCCCCAGGCCACCGCUUCGCCUGGCCGCUCGGGCGCUCGCCGCGGAUUUUCCUGGCCCGCCGAGUGGCGGGAUCGCGGCCAACCGCGGAAUGGCGCAGAGCAACUGGGAAGCGGAUAAGAUGCUUGAUGUGUAUAUCUAUGACUAUUUGCUGAAGCGGAAUUUGCAGGCGACGGCCAAGUCGUUCAUGGCGGAGGGGAAGGUCUCCGCCGAUCCAGUUGCAAUUGAUGCUCCUGGAGGGUUUCUCUUUGAGUGGUGGUCUGUUUUUUGGGAUAUAUUUAUUGCAAGAACUAACGAGAAGCAUUCUGAGAUCGCAGCAGCAUACCUAGAGGCACAGCAAACAAAAGCAAGAGAGCAUCAACAGCAGAUGCAAAUGCAACAGUUGCAGCUAAUACAACAAAGACAUGCUCAACUGCAGCGAACUAAUGCCACUCAUCCUUCACUUAAUGGUCCAAUAAGUGGCCUAAACUCUGAUGGCAUUCUGGGACCAUCUACGGCUAGUGUUUUAGCUGCCAAGAUGUAUGAAGAGCGCUUAAAGCACUCUCAUCCCAUGGACUCUGAUGGGUCACAGCUUCUUGAUGCUAGUAGGUUGGCUCUUCUCAAGUCGGCGUCAACAAAUCACUCAGGGCAAUCAGUACCUGGGACUCCUGGAAGUGUGUCUACGACGCUUCAACAAAUCCAAGCUCGGAAUCAGCAAAAUAUUGAUAUAAAAAGUGAAGGUAACAUGAGUGUAGCACAAAGAUCUAUGCCCAUGGACCCAUCAUCAUUAUAUGGUCAGGGAAUAAUCCAGCCAAAGCCUGGAUUGGGUGGUGGAGUUUUAAACCAAGGAGUGAGUGGUCUACCAUUGAAGGGCUGGCCGCUAACUGGAAUUGACCAACUGCGGCCAAAUUUAGGUGGUCAAAUGCAGAAGCCAUUUCUUUCAACACAGUCGCAGUUUCAACUUAUGUCGCCACAGCAGCAGCAGCAAUUCUUAGCACAAGCCCAAGCACAGGGAAAUCUUGGCAACUCUACCAAUUUAGGGGAUAUGGAUCCCCGAAGAUUGUCAGCGCUAACCAGGAGCGUGUUGAAUGGUAAAGAUGGACAACCUGCUGGAACUGAUGGGUGCAUUACUUCCCCAAUGCAAUCCAGUUCACCCAAAGUCAGACCAGACCAAGAAUAUCUCAUGAAGACAUCUUCUCAGCAAACACAGGAACAACUUCAGCAGCAGCAUAAUCAGCAACAGCAACAGCAAACACAACAGGGCAAUAGAAAAAGAAAGCAACCUACAUCUUCAGGAGCAGCAAAUAGUACCGGAACAGCAAAUACAGUUGGUCCUUCGACCAAUUCACCACCAUCUACUCCGUCUACUCAUACGCCUGGAGAUGGACUUGGAAUGACUGGCAAUAUGCGCCAUGUUCCGAAAAACUUAAUGAUGUAUGGUGUGGAAGGAACAGGACUGCCAUCCUCGUCAAACCUGGAUGAUCUUGAACAAUUUGGUGACAUGGGCUCUUUGGAUGAUAAUGUUGAAUCAUUCUUAGCCAAUGGAGAUGGAGAUGCAAGGGAUAUUUUUGCUGCACCUGAAAAAAGUCCUGCAGAGCCUAAUCCAGUGGCUUCAAAAGGUUUCACCUUCAGUGAGGUAAAUUGUUGGCGAACAAACAAUAGCAAAGUAGUUUGCUGCCAUUUUUCAUCAGAUGGCAAGAUACUGGCUAGUGCUGGACAUGAAAAGAAGGCUGUACUUUGGAACAUGGAGACUUUCCAGACACAGUAUACUGCUGAAGAGCAUGCUGUCAUUAUCACUGAUGUCCGUUUCAGACCUAACUCUAAUCAGCUGGCAACAUCAUCUUUCGAUAGAACUAUUAAACUGUGGAAUGCUGCAGAUCCUGGCUUCUCCCUGCAUACAUUUGCUGGUCAUUGCUCUGGAAUCACAUCACUAGAUUUUCAUCCAAAGAAGACGGACCUUUUGUGCUCUUGUGAUAGCAAUGGUGAAAUCCGGUACUGGAAUGUGUCUCAGCUUAGCUGUAUGCGUGCCAUGAAGGGAGGUACUGCCCAAGUUCGAUUUCAACCUAACACUGGACAGUUUCUCGCAGCUGCUACCGAGAAUGUGGUUUCCAUAUUUGAUGUUGAAACAAAUGGGAAAAAAUAUACCCUACAGGGCCAUAACUCAGAAGUGCAAUCAGUGUGCUGGGACAGCAGUGGGCAAUACCUUGCUUCUGUCAGUCAGGACCUAGUUAAGGUCUGGUCAAUCUCAUCAGGAGACUGUACUCAUGAGGUUAGCUCUAAUGGAAACAAGUUUCAUUCUUGUGUGUUCCACCCGGGCUACACCGAUCUCCUUGUUAUUGGAGGCUACCAGUCUCUGGAGCUAUGGAACAUGGUAAAGAACCAGAGCAUGACAGUGCAGGCUCAUGAAGGUCUAAUCGCGGCGUUGGCGCAAUCACCAAUUACAGGGAUGGUGGCUUCCGCGAGCCACGACAACUCUGUCAAGCUGUGGAAGUAACAAUGGCUGCACUUCGGUAACAUAGUUUCUUAUAGUUAGUUGAAAGUUUCUUCAGCCGAGGCAUAGAAUGGGUCACAGCCGAAAGAUGCUGUUGUUGUUGUACUGUAUCGGGAGGCAAUAAAAGGAUGUCGAAUUUGAA